AUGAUUCCUCUUCCAGAACUAGACAGACCUUUUGAACUUAGGUCCCACAAUAUCUUUGGGGCUGGUAUGACUUCCAUCAAAGGCCAUGAACCUGUCUACAUUCACAUUGGACCUUUGGGACACUACAACAUCAACCUCACUGAUGCUGAUGGAUCCAUGCAUAUCAAAAGCAAAAGAGCUAUCUAUUCUCUCAGAGUUCCCUCCAAGCAAUACAGGAUGCACUUUCAAAAAAUAUUUCUACUGCACCACACCAUACAGCUCAUCAUGGCAUCUGCCAUAAAGCAGCCAGAACGGGAAUACAAGGAUUUCUUAAAGGAGUUUUUGAAGAUGAAAAUCAUUGGCGAUACCUCUGACGAGGGCAACAUUUGGGAUUGCAUGAGUUUCAUUUACUUUCUUGUGUUACUGCAACCUUUUACUAAAUUUAUUUUUCCUCUUGUACACCCCUCACCCUCAGAUGAUUCUGAGAACCACAAAGCCAUCUGGUCUUUGACAUGUGUGCCGAAAGACCAAAACCAAAAAAGAGUUGGAGUUGUCUCAAUAUCACAAUUCUAUUUGAAGAGGCAGAAAUUCAACCAGAACAUACAAUAG